AUGUCUGCCCGGAAACUCGGAGGCGGCAGGGUCCUAGGCAGCGGCAAGGGCCUUGCCCCUCCGCCUUCUUCUUCUACUCGAGCCCCGCGAUCCUCGAGCCCAUUCCCUCCGUCCGACAGCAGCACCAGAUCCCUUCACUCGCGGAACUCCACACCCGUCUCCCUUUCUCCGUCCUCGUCCAGCCCGCUUCCCGAUUUCUCCCAGGACCUCGCCUCCAAUGUCACCGUUGCAGGGCCGUCCAAUGGGACCUCGCCCGCCAACAAGCUAGCAUGCCCAAUAUGCGAAGAGCAGAUGGUCACGCUACUACAACUCAACCGACACCUCGACGAUAUCCACCAAGAGCUGCCCGAGGCCGAGCAAGACGAAGUCAAGUCGUGGUUCGACAAGCAAGUCCUCAAGGCGAAACGGUUCCAACCACUGUCUCUCAUCAACCAAAAACUACGAGGCCUAGAAGUAUUCGAGUCGAACGAGACACAGCCCGUAUCCGUCGGAAUUGCGCCCGGGCGGGCCAUCGAAACCGUAAUCGAUCCCGAACAACUCGUCUCGAGGAAACACUGGGAACGGCCGACAGGGCACGACGUAUGUACCGAUCCAUUAUGCGACAGGAGACUGGGGCCGCUCAGCGGCAGCGUCAACUGCCGGAAAUGCGGGCGGCUGUUCUGCGAAGAGCACACCAUGUAUCAGAUGAAACUCUCGCGAGCGGCCCACCAUGAACCAGUCAGGGGCGUGUGGUGCCGGGUGUGCGAGACAUGUUACAAGUCUAGGGAAGGAUACAACGACAGCACGGGCCUAGCUCGCGACCACACGGCAUACUUCACCGCGGUACGGACAAAAAAGGUGGAAAGACAACGAUUAGAGGUACAGAGGUUAGAGAAGAGACUGACGAAGUUGACACGAUUGCUUGCGGAAGCGCCGCCAGAAACGGGUGUCCACCCGGGCCUCUUGUCACCGCUGGCGGGGCAGAGGAAUCAAAGGAAGAUGAUCGAGCAGUCUGUAGUGACUUGGGAGGAUGAUGCGGCCGUCGCCAGAUGCCCCUUUUGCAAGCAGGAGUUUGGGGCUUGGACCUUCAGGCGGCAUCAUUGCAGGAUAUGUGGCCGGGUUAUGUGCGCCGACCCGCAGACAAACUGUUCGAGCGAGGUGAGCUUGAACGUCGCAAAUCAAAUUGCGGUACCCACGACCGAAAAGCUCGAACACCCGACCAACGGACAAGUCGGCAUUGAUGUACGGAUGUGCUGCGAGUGCAAACAAACGAUUUUCUCCCAUCACGACUUUGUCGAGUCCAUCAAGCACCGGCCGCCAGAUCAACGCGCUUACGAGACACUUCGCCAAUUCGAACGCGGCAUCCAAAUGCUGAUGCCCUCCUUCCACAAAUCACUACUCGCCCUUCAGCCGCCCGACGAGAACGGAAACGGGCCCGAGAAGCCGCCACCCACACACGUACAGAUCCAGGACGCGGCCAAGAUCCGCAAACGCCUGACAGACUCCUUUGCCAAGUAUGACCUGGCCGCCAGACGUAUACGCAACAUGAAAACCGACAGCCCGACCCAGUUACGCCUCCAGAAAGCCAUCCACGCAUCCGCCUCGUCCUUUUUGCACGCCAACCUUAUACCUCUGAAGAGCGUCCCGGCCAUGCUCAAGUCACAGAGCUCAAAUAAGUCACAAAGCUCCAACCACCGCAGGCUGCUCUCCGCCGGCAACGGGUCAUCGCAUUCGAUAUCUUCCCCGCUGCGCAACGGUGAAUCAGCGGGAUUCGACGCCGAAACGUCAAGUCUAGGUGGUGCGAGCGAGGUUAGCACGGCCGUUUCGAUGGCGCUGGAGACGGAGGAGAAGGAGGCGAGGGAGAAACUGGUUGUACUGGAGGAGCAGCGGUUCAUGGUGCAGGACAUGCUCAACAGGGCAAGGGGUGCCCGGCGGUUCGAGGAAGCCGGCGCCCUGACCAAGAACUUGGAGGAAUUGGAUAAGGAGAUUGAAGCUUCAAGACGGCUGGUGGCGGGGGUUGAGGAGAGGUGGGAAGGCCUCUAUGCGGGGACUUGA